AUGGCUCAACGUGUUACUUAUAGAAGAAGAAAUCCAUACAACACCAGAUCCAACAAGAUCAAGGUCGUCAAGACUCCAGGUGGAAAAUUAGUUGCUCAACACGUCAAGAAGGCUGCUUCAAGAGUCAAAUGUGGUGACUGUGGUUCUGCUUUAGCCGGUAUCUCCACCUUGAGACCAAGAGAAUACGCUCAAGUGUCUAAAACUCACAAGACUGUCCAAAGAGCUUACGGUGGUUCAAGAUGUGCCAACUGUGUCAAAGAGAGAAUUGUCAGAGCAUUCUUGAUUGAAGAACAAAAGAUUGUCAAGAGAGUAUUGAAGGACCAACAAGAGAAGGAAAAGAAGGCUGGUAGAAAGUAA